AUGACGACCACAACCUUUGCUCCUCGAAGGGCGACCUCUCUGUUCCUCUCAGUGCAACCACAAUCCUUCCGCCCACUUUCCCAGCGCAGCCACAUCCUCAGCGCCACCAACUUCAAGUCAUACUCGACCCAACCGCCCUCCUCAAACGUAGACGAAAAGACCAAAGACUUGCCUCCCAAGGAACCCUCCCAACCAGACGAAGAUGGUAUCAACGGCCCCCUCUCCACCCUACCUCCUCCCCUCAACCUCCCCGAAAAAGGCAACCGCUCAACACCCGCCCACCUCUUCCAAAUCGGCCGCACCUACGGAAAGUUCUACUGGAACGGCGUGAAAGCAACAUGGGCAAACCGCAAGCGUGCAAAAGCCCUCAAGACACAAAUCAUUGCCGCAAACCGCGCUUCUGGCCUUCCAAACAUGCCUAGGCCUCUACUCGCACACUUGGAGUUUUACUACGAGAAUGCCGGAAAGCAAAAGAUGACGAGGACAGACUUUCAACUGUUGAUGAGAGAGCAAUACGACAGCAGAAAACUUCCUCCGUUUGCAUUGAUGGUGGCACUGUUUGGAGAGUGGUUACCGUUGAUUGUGCCAUUUGUGCCUUCCGCCGUGCCUCGCACCUGCAGGAUUCCAAAGCAAAUCGAAGACAUGCGCAAAGGCGUCGAAGAGCGACGGAAAAAGUCCUUCCGCGAGGGUCUAGCCACACCGAAACCUGCAGAAGACGACGAGACCGCCAUGCCUACAUCUCUGGCUGGGGGCAANAAGGCUCUACCCAGGUUAUACACCUCCAUGCGAACAGCCCAACACAUUGUCAAACUAGGAAAGCCGCAGUCUCUACACAUCUCCCGUGCUCUAGGCAUUGGCGGCAGACUUUUCGACUCUAUGGGUGUUCAGCACCCUCUAUUCCCUGUCAAGUUGAUGAGGCAUCUUGGCUAUCUGCAUAUUGACGACGAGCUGUUACUCCAGGACUGGGUGCUUAGUCACUUGACACUCAGCACAGAGGAAACUCGCAUAGCAUGCGAGGAACGCGGUAUCGAUGUCGUGGGCAGGGAAGAAAGCGACCUAAAAGAAGAUUUGGGCAAGUGGCUAGAAGGCAGGAAGAGAGAUGACGGUAGCUAUGCCGAAAUCUUGAAGAUGCUGUUUACAAGGUAUGUUCACCCCUUUCCUUCAGGAUAUGUCCGCCACGCGCUAAUUUUUGCCAUCACNAGACCCAAUGUCUGGGGCCAAUCCCGAAUCGAGGCUCCUGAAUCGACUGAUAAUUGA